GUAGAUAUUGGGUGUAAGCGACGCGUCAAGUGUAGUUGGCCAAGCUGCUCAUGUGUGGAGUUAUACAGCGCUCGGCGGGUGCUGGUGGCCACAGCCCAACAGGAGCACAACUCAACGGUCCCUAGUCUAGUGUAGUAGUCGGGUCGGAGACGGGAAAGUCCUACGUACAAGCACAAAGGAGCUGCUGGAUGUCCUAGCGCAGUACAAUUGAAUAACCAACAACUGCAGUGCAUUCCUUACUGAAAGUGGUGUGUGUUUUGAUAUCUGGUGCCAGUGGUUAACAAGAGUCGAAUUAAUCAUCGGCGUUGUGAACUACGGACAAACCGAAUUUCAACUUUUCGGUUCGAUUUUUUGGAAUUUUCCCGAUCAAAGAUCUAUAGGCUCAGCGUGCUGGAUGAAACGCGCAAGUGAUUGCUGGUGAAGAAAAAGGAGAAAACCCAAUUUAAACCCAAAAAGAAAUUUGAUAAACCAACAAGUGCAAUUUCUUUGUUUUACUGGCCAGCCUCUCCGAUGACGCAAUCCUAAUUUCCUUAAAUUACCAAAUUAACCCGAGACGAUUGUCACAUUUUAAAAAAGACUAACAAAAGAAAAGAAGAUGAAGGCCGUUCAAUCGGCCAUGGCCAUCCGGCGCCAGCGUCGGAGGCGGGACGAAGCGUUGCGGGCCAAGGCGCGACGGGCCAGCCACCAGUCGGACCAUUUGAUGUUGUCGGACAGCGGCGACGCCGGGAGCAUGUUGAGCUUGGACGGGGUGCACAACAACAACCACAACGGCGGCGGCGGGAGCCGUUCGGCCGCUCACCGCCAUCGUCAAAUGAUGGGCGGAAUCACGACGUUUCACGUCGGAGUCGUUUUCUUUAUCAUGGGCCUCAUGUUGCUCAUUAGCGGCAUCUUGCCCGGCUACGCCAACCGCCAACAUCAAUAUUGGGAGGAGCCAAAAAAUGGCGGUACCACCGCCACUGGCACUUCAACGACGUCGAUUUGGAACCGAGACGCAGGAAGCAAUCGCAACGCCCCUCUGCUCCUGGUGACGGGAUCCUUCCUGAUCCUGGUGGGCAUAGCCCUGGUCGUGGCCAAUCGCAUCGCCACUCGACGAGAGGACGAGCUCUUUUCACGCUACAUUAGCCGCAAAUUGGCACCGGCCCGAAUGACCCACCAGCCAGUCUCUUCGCUCCUCCAUCCCACGUCGGCCAGCAGCAGCAACGGUCAUAAAGACGAGAUGGCCGGCAGCAGUGACGACUUGCAUCGAGUCAUGAGCGAAUCUCCUUCCUCCUCCCAACUGCAGGAGCCGCAAUGCCAAUCUCCCGGCCAACUCGAGUCCAUCACUGAAGAAUCGGAAGCCGGAGGAGCUGAACGGCCGCCCAUCAAAGAUGAGCUGUUCUGGACCAGCGAUGUGGCGCCGGUUCACCACCACCACCACCACCACCGUGGCCACCAUCACCACCACAACAGCAACGCCAACAAAGUGUUGCACUAUGAUGAGCAGGACAAAUGCAAUCACGACAAUCACAAUCAUCACGUCGGUUCAUCGUCAACCGGUUGAGAUGACGACACAAUCACAUUUGCCCAAUCAAUUGAUAUUUCUCUCUAUCUACUUCUUCUUAUUCUCUACUCUAUCUGGCCGUCCUCCAUGACCUCCUAUUUCUUCCCCCUUUUCAUCCUAUAUCUCUCGACGUACAUGAUUAAUUAAGGCUUCUACUAAAUAUCAUUAUAAUGGCUGGGCGGCCAAAAGAAAACUAUCGUCAAUCAACUAUACUAAUACUAUAAAACAUCUCAUUGAUUUAUGCUGCUUCUUCUUUAAAAAAAAACAAGUUUCGAUUUGAACAAAAUUAACUCUCCAAAGUGGGAACACUAAACGACCGACACGAUUCGCACAAUCAUUUUCCUACGUUCUCGCUACCUGCUGUUUGCCUUUUACCAACAAUUUUUAAUUUUUAUCUUUUGGUUUUUUCCCUUUUUUUCUAUUCAGUAGUUGCGCGCCAAGUUUUAAAAAAUAGCAUCCGAUUUUUCGUAUUUUUCGUAUUCAUUCGGUAGAUUUCUAUUUUAUGACGAUUGCAUCACAUGAGAAAUUAAAAGGGGAAGGCAUCAACGGUAUUUUGAAAACGCAAAAAAGUCGCGGGCUUGAAUUCAAAUUGCAGCACAAAAUCGCCUUUAUUU